AUGGCGCAUCACAUUCUGGAUGAGUUCAAUAAGAGGUAUAGUGGUGUCUAUGCUAACAUGGCUGUGAUCAAUCGACUACUCAUCCCAUGCGAGAAGGCAAAAUUUUCACUGUCAUCAAAUGAUAUUGUCAAGGUCGAGGUGAAACAAUUGUUAGAGUCGGUUGAUUAUAGCACCUCCUUCACACGCCCCAAGUUUGAGGAGCUCAAUGGGUAUCUUUUCGAGCCUUUGGUUAAAAUUAUAAGGUGUUAUUUGAGGAAGUUUGCGAAUGACAAGUAUAGCCGCCUGCAUGAGAUUGUGUUGGUUGGGGGAUGUUCAAACAUUCCCAAACUUCGAGAAGUGGUACAGGCACAGUUUUAG